AUACGUAGAUUGUAGAUAUAUGCGCGCAUUUUACAGAACCCGGCCAUUAAUUCCAUAUGUCAAGAGUGAGCAAAAAGGUUGCCGGGAAUUUUUUUUAGUAUUUCGUUAAAAUCGUGAAGCACGUUUGACAUUCAGGCAAGUCGAGUUUUGUGAAUUCUCAACGUUGGCCCUCAACAUGGAAAUGGAAGGCGAAGUAAAGCAUAACAUCGAUGAACUCGUUGAUGAUUUAAAACACGCUGUAAAACUUGAUAUCUCACAAGAUGAAUGUCCUAAUAUCAUUCAGAUAUUGGAUUCUAUGGCGAAUGUUAGCAAAACUUCAAUUGAAGAGACAUCGGAACUAGUCAUUGAUGAAGUUUUUCUGAUGUUGCUUGGACACAAGUCUAAACAGAUUGUAGUAAAUACAACAAAAGCCAUUGCAGAGAUUGCAAAGACUGAAAAAGGAAGGGAGAAAUGUACUAAUACAGAGUUGGUACAAGCAUUGAUUGAGUUGCUAAAAAAGAACGAUAUAGAUAUACUGACGCCAGCUUCCAGAGCUAUAGGAAAUAUCUGUUAUGAUAAUGAGAAUGGUAAAAAAUUGGUGCAGGAGCAGGAUGGAUUGAAAGUAAUUUUAACAGUGCUGAAGAAAAGUAUUGCAUUAAAGGAUGCUAAGGGGGCCAGUUUUCUGCGAAGUGUGGCCACUGGUUCUUUAUUAAAUUUUUUGGUGGAUCAGGAAGCAUUGUAUGAAGAGGCACUCAAACAAGACAUAGUAUCCACUAUUUGUAGUAUCUUGGAGGAAGAUAGGACCAGCGAUGGUGAAAGGACAGUAUAUGCAUUACUCAUUCUUAGCUUAUUAAAUGGCACGAACAUUAUAUUUCUUGAUGAGAGAUUAACGAAAAUUCUGAUUGAUGUAUUCAUCAGUGACACUUCCUCUGAAUUAUGUGAAAUGUGUUUGGAAUUAUUACAUGGCCAGGCCGAAGAUGAAAAAGUAAAGUUAUUGCUAGCCAAAACAGGAGUGUGCGACUUACUCCUCAAAUUAUUAGAAAAACAUGGUCCACAUUGCAAUGACGAAGAAACACGGUUUGUUGUGAAAAUUGCUUGUAACUUGAUCGUUUUGAUCUUAACCGGAGAUGACAGUAUGAACUUCCUUUAUGAUGAUAGCAAAGGGGCUGUCUAUAAAAAGUUGGUAGACUGGCUAGAGAGCAUCGAUGAAGACUUACAAAUUACCGCCGUUUUAGCUAUGUGCAACUUUGCACGCACCGACGUACAUUGUAAGCAUAUGGUCGAAGAGGGUAUUCAUCGGAAGCUACUAAAACUCCUUCAAAAAAAUGAUAGCAAGUGUGGCGAUAUCAGAUGUCAACACGCCUUACUCAGCGCAUUACGUAAUCUCGUCAUACCUGUGAAUAACAAAUCGUUGAUACUCACCGAUGGUUUGAUCGAUGUACUUUAUCCGAUGUUGGACAUCCCUACUUUUCCCGUUGUUUUCAAAUUGCUGGGAACGCUUAGGAUAGUCAUAGACGGCCAAAGAGAAGCAGCAAUCUCCUUAGGACGAAGAGAAGAUCUGAUCAAGCGAACGGUUGAAUGGUGCAGUACCGCGGAUCAUCCUGGCGUUCAGGGCGAAGCGAAUCGAUUAAUUGCUUGGAUAAUGAACAAUAGCAGGGACAAGCAAAUUGCUUUGUUAAUUAUCAAAUACGGAGCAGUGCAACAUUUGGUUAAAAUGCUUCUGGCACAGCAUACAUUAAUGCAAAAUGAAGCAAUACUAAGUCUAACGAUACUGACAAGGAUCUGUUUGACGGAGUCUGAAGAGUUGUUAAUCGAGGCGGACUUUGGGAGUAACAUGUGCGAAUUUGUUAAAAUACGCGCAAAGGAUCUCGACAUACAUAUUGUGUUAAAUGCGUUAUCUUUAUUGGAUAGCGUCGUGCAAUCAGCCCGGUUAAAAGAACAUCUCAAAAACUGUGGAUUAGCUGAUGCGUGUAAAACUUUGCAGUUCAAAAACGAAGAUAGUGCUGAAAUCUGGACGCGUGCUACUGCACUGCGAACCGCGCUGUGCACUGCCUUGGAUAUAAGUUAGGAAUUCGAUUAUUAAAAGUGUUCUAGAAAAAUGGAUGACCAAUUCAAACAUUACGCAUUCAUGUGCGCUGCCAUUGUUGUAUCUUCCAUUUAUUCCAAAAAGCUAUACAAAAACUCAACUACAACUUCUCCAAGAUGACCAAAUCAUCAUUCAAUUUGAUCCACAGAUUACAAAAUGUACUUUAUUUAUUGAGAAAUAUAUAUUCUAUU